AUGCAUUUCAGCCACCGCCAUCCCCUUUGUCCAACUCAUAUUCAAGAAGACGAUGAAAUCAUUUGCUCUGGUUGUGAGCUAACACUUUCAGCUGGUUUGGCUUAUAAAUGCUCCAAAACAAACUGCGAGUUUUACCUUGACGAAUUGUGCUUCGAAUUGCCUAGAGAUAUCCGACACAACUCCCAUCCUAAACACCCUCUUGUCCUCCUCUCUUCCCCUUGUCACGGUUUCACUUGCAGUGCCUGUGGUGAUUCUUGCACUGCUUUUUUCAACUACCAUUGCCAGACUUGCGAAUUCGGUGCUCAUGUUGAAUGCGCAGCUUUGCCUGAAAUGGUGAAAAUUGAAGGCCAUGAACAUCCCCUUACUCUCAUUUGUUCAUUGGUUGAUCAAAAGAUCAAUGCUCAUAAACAAGACAAGGAAUUUAUCUGUAAUGUCUGUGAUGGUGAUUUUCCUGAUGGUUGCUGGGUAUAUUACUGUAAAGUUUGUCAAUGUGCUGCUACCCAUCUGGAUUGUGCCAUUGCCCGAGCUGAAGAUCAUGAACCACACCUACAAUGA